UUUGACACAGUUCAUACAUGUUGGUGUUUUUCUUUCACUUGAAUGUAUAUAAAGGAAAAGCAGAAUGAAAGGAUAUUUUAGCGUUCUACUGUUUACGCUUCACAUUCUACUGUGCGUCAAAGACAGCGAGGCCCAGUGGUACCUGAGAUGCCGACUUUGUAGCCGCGCAAAUUCCCUGGAAGACUGCACGACCUUUACGGAAUGCUCCGAACAAGAGACUUGCUACACCGAUUUGGUUGUUACCCAAGACCAGCGCCUGGUGUAUGAUGCAGGCUGUAGGUCCAAAAAGGUAUGUGGUCACGAGAACAAGCGAGCCCUUACCGGAGAAAUGGUGGCGUGUAGCCGUUGUUGUACCAGGGGAGACUACUGCAAUGACGGACUGUGUGGCCUGAAAAAAAACACCAACAUUCGGAUGUGUAUGUCAUGUGAUGGGCACGAAGGUCGUCCGGCAGCCAAACCGUACCCGGAAGACUGCCAGCGGUUCCGGGUUUGCGACUAUAAUGAGGCGUGCUUUGCACGGACGACGUCUGUAGCGGGCAACUCAGCAGUUGAGCACUAUACUAGCUGCUUAGAUCUCAGGACGUGCCAGAGUCUUGUGAAUGGAAUAAAGGAUGCCUACCACCAAGGAGACGCGCUUCUAGGGAAGAGGAAUACGAACAUCUGUGCGAUCUGUUGUAACGACGAACUCUGCAAUGAAUAUUCAUGCGCCGCCAUAAAACGUCGUAUCGUCAAUCUGAUCGAAAACGAUGCCUUUAAUAUGACAACGUUGCAAGAAAUAUAACUUUUGGAAAGAAAUAAAAUAUCGUCUUUGAAUGUGUGUUUAAAUUAAACUUUGCAAUUUA